CACAGAAAAAGAAAAAUGGCGAGACGCGUGUUGGAAGAAGAUUUGAAAACUAUCGAGUUCGAGACAAGUGAAGAUGUUGAUGUUACCCCGACAUUUGAUCACAUGGGUUUACGAGAAGAUCUUCUAAGAGGAAUAUAUGCAUAUGGGUUUGAAAAGCCAUCAGCCAUUCAGCAAAGAUCAAUUAAACCAAUAGUAAAGGGAAGAGAUGUCAUUGCACAGGCACAGUCUGGAACAGGAAAGACAGCCACCUUUUCGAUCUCCAUUCUACAAUGUUUGGACACACAGAUAAGGGAAACACAAGCUCUUGUUCUCUCCCCAACCAGAGAGUUAGCAGUUCAAAUUCAGAAGGUGAUCCUCGCCCUUGGAGAUUACAUGAGUGUGCAGUGCCAUGCCUGUAUUGGUGGUACAAACAUUGGAGAAGACAUCAGGAAGCUGGACUAUGGACAACAUGUUGUUUCUGGAACACCAGGAAGAGUGUUUGAUAUGAUAAGAAGAAGAAAUCUCCGAACAAGAUCCAUAAAAAUGCUGGUGUUUGAUGAAGCAGAUGAAAUGUUAAAUAAAGGAUUUAAAGAGCAGAUCUAUGAUGUGUACAGAUACCUCCCUCCAGCUACGCAAGUCGUAUUAAUCUCUGCUACACUCCCACACGAGAUCCUUGAGAUGACCAACAAAUUCAUGACAGACCCCAUUAGAAUCUUGGUCAAACGUGAUGAGUUGACUUUGGAGGGAAUCAAACAGUUCUUUGUUGCUGUUGAAAGAGAAGAGUGGAAGUUUGAUACAUUGUGUGACCUCUAUGAUACUCUUACCAUCACACAGGCAGUCAUAUUUUGCAACACAAAGAGAAAGGUUGAUUGGUUAACAGAGAAGAUGAGGGAGGCCAACUUCACCGUAUCCUCCAUGCAUGGUGACAUGGUACAGAAGGAGAGGGACGCCAUCAUGAAAGAAUUCCGCUCGGGGGCCAGUCGAGUGUUAAUAACAACAGAUGUGUGGGCCAGAGGCAUUGAUGUACAGCAAGUGUCUCUUGUCAUAAACUAUGACCUCCCAAACAACAGAGAAUUGUACAUCCACAGAAUUGGUCGAUCAGGUAGAUUUGGACGUAAGGGUGUGGCCAUUAACUUUGUCAAGAAUGAUGAUAUCAGGAUCUUGAGAGACAUUGAACAGUACUAUGCCACACAAAUUGAUGAAAUGCCAAUGAACGGAUUGAGGUCAGCAAAGCUUGGAGUGCAAUGUGAAGCAGUAGUCAAAUUCCCAAGAUUGUUUGAGAAAUACCCCUUUCCCAUUAUAAUCAAUUCUGCAUUUCUAAAGCUUGCCGAUGUGUUUAGGGUUGCUGAUGUAUUUAAAGAAGGGAAUAAUUUAUUGCGAUGGUGCAUUCUUCGGGUGAUUCAGCAAAGUGACAAACACCUGGACAAAGUGUUCAAUGUAGACGAGUUUGUAAGGAGGCUUUACACAGUCAUACACAGUAAUGACUCUGUUGCUCGGGCUCUUGCUAUCAGAACACUGGGAAGUAUUGCCUGUAUUAUAUCAGAGAGGAAGAAUGCUCACCAUAGUGUUGUCAAUGGUCUGGACUCACAUGAUGCAGUGGAAGUAGAUGCAGCUAUAUUUGCUGCAGAUAAAUUUUCUGCAAAGUCCAAAGUGUUUGCAGCCAAUAUUUGUAGUAAGAUAGCUGAAAUGAUUGAGGAUAUUGCCACUCCAGUACACCUCAAACUACAGUUGAUCCCCAUAAUGAAGAAUAUGUAUCACGACAGUUCUACUGCAGCCAAGGCAAGAGGCAUUUGUCUUCAUUUGCUAUCCACUUUCCCAGCUGAAAAAUUUGUGACUUUAAACCUGGAGACCUUGACCCAUUUAGCAGUGAGGUCACUAGGAGAUGUACACAGCCAGAUAGAACUUCUGAUACAUCAUCUCAAAACUGAUCCAAGAAACAGUGUAAAAUUAAUGUCCCUAAGAAGCCUAAAUCUGCUAGCCAGAAAAUCUCCCCAACUCUGGAAAUACAACUCUGUUGAGGAGUUACUGACCUUUGCUAUUUCCUGUCCCUCCUUCCUGUUGAAGUGGGCGUCUCUCCAGGUGUUGACCUCCCUGUCCUCCUCAUUUGCUUUCCAGAUGUUUCUCCACAGAGACAUGACAAUAUCAGAUAUUCAGAAAGUUCUGGAAGUCUGUAAUAUCUGCUAUCAGACCCAGGAUGCUGUCCUGUCCAGUAAAGCUAUAGAAUUUUACUCCAAUGUAGCUGUUGCUUACAAGAAAAGCAAGGCCUGUAUGAUAGAAGUAGAACAGGAUUUGAUAGAAGGGGCUCGACUGGCUAUAACCACACAGAUAUGUAUCUCUGUAUGGAGUCAGGAGCUUAAAGACAAGCAAGCUCUACUGUGUUGUCUGAAAUGUCUUGUAAAUCUUGUGAAUACUUACCCAGAAAUUGGUGAAACCUUUGUAAUGGAAUUAACACAGCUUCUGGAAUCUGCAUCAGAUGAGAACUGCGUCAAAAUUUGUGAAUGUCUAGCUGCCUUGGGGUCUACCAACCAUCAGCUGGUUGAAGAUAAUCUUGGUCAACUACUUCAAGUUUUCCAGAACCUGUCAUCUAAAGCUGCAACAAAACACCAACUAGAGUGUUGUUUGUAUCUGGGAACUGUCUUUUUUCAAGUGGCUGGAGGAGACACCAUUCCCUUACAUAUCCAGAGUAUGAUACUUCAGUGUGUUUCUAAGGCCAUGGAUGAUUGGUUUGGAUACAAAGUUGGUAGACAAGGCAUGCGAUAUGGACAGUAUCGGAUAGCAUCUGAGAUAUUUCAUAAUCUUGCACAACAUGUUGCCUCUGAGCAUAACUACUUCUGGCUGACAGGACUUCAUGGAAUCUGUGCUGCAGAGGCCUGUGUAGACAAAUCAGAGACUAACAUGAAGAUUCUGAUGUCACAAGUAUCAGAAAUGCUGGUCUUAUAUCAACGGGCAUUGGUGUCAUUAAAGGCGACCUCUACUGGUGUGGGUAGUAUGGUCUUUCAGUGUGAGUUUGUUUGUCUGAGGAUCUGGCUCUUACAGACACACCAACAACUGGUCCACACCUGUAACACGUUCAGGACCUGUCCCCCACCAGCCAUCGCCACAGCUAUGGCUGUCUCCAACAGACAUGAAAUCUCCAGGGUCAGCCAAAUACUGAAUCAGUUGGGAAAGUGUCUGAAGGAGUACGAGUCCCUGAGUGAGAGGUUCGCAGAUCUUUAUCAGUCAGCGUUUGAUGCAGACAAUCACACUCUACACACCAUUCUUCUAUUGCAGCAAAGUUGUGAGGUGAUCAAGUCCUGUAUUUUGACAUUCAUUAGAAGUAGCCAUGCCAGGUAUUUACAGUUUGGGGCACUGACAACCACAGACAGAGACACGUUAACUGUCACAAUUCAGUCCAUACAAAGAGAUCUCAACAGCAUCAUUCAGAAUCAGAGCAGUGAAGGACUGACACAUGUGCAUGUUGAUUUCCUGUGUCAGUGUGUGCGAAAAUUAGUACAGACCCCAUUUACCUAUCCAAGGUUCUUCUUUCAAACACUACAGGCUACUAAUAUAAAGUUGGCAGUUUCUCCCCAGCAGUCCUCAGCUCUUGAUCCUGUUCAGGUCCACAAGGACACUCAGUUGACUGUGAAAGUUGAGGGCAUUGUACAACAUGGGCGUCUUAGAAAUCUGUUCCGAAAAGUAGCCAAAGUACAAAUUUCUGCCAGUUCAGAAAUCGUAAACAAAGCUUCAACCUCCACAGAUCAAAAGAUUUCACUGGUUACUACCAACAACCUGAGCCAGAGUGUGGAGCCUCACAAUGACUAUUUCUCUGUGAACUUCCUGUUGACCUUUCCUGUAACUGGGUCACACACUGUUCACAUUCAAGCAGAUGUAAUUGAUGAAAAUAAGACACUAUGGAAGACAGGCCCUACAUUUUCUUUGUCUGUGAAGUCCUUUGAUGACUCAAUCAGUAAGAAACCUCAACAUAAACCUGUCAGAACAUCGUUUGGUCAAAUGCCGCCAAGUGUGUCUUCCUCUUCUAGUGCUAGUAACCAAUAAAACAUAUUUAGCAAAAA